GGCUCAAUUUAAAGAUUCAAGUGACUUUGACUUGUGAUUAAUUGAUUGUGUUUCUUACUUUGAUUUUAAUUAGUGAUAAUCAGUUGAUUAGUUAAGUGUUCAAUAAUCACCGAAUACUUAUUUGGUAUUUGGCAAGAGAACUUUAAAUACUUGAAUAGUUUAAAUUGUUUAUCAAGAAAAAUUAUUCUCUCGCUUUUGUUUACAUAUAAAAAUUUUGCUUCUAUUGAUAAAAAGACUUAAUCAUUUUCAUUUGAUUAUCAUUUGUUUCUUGCAUUAAUUCAGUACUUUAUUAAUCAUAUUUAAUCCUGAUUAAUCAUCUUAUCAUCAUCGUUGGUCUCAAAUUGUGAUUGUUUCUUUUUUUUCUAAACUUGAUCUUUAUUUCUAUCAAUUAUUUCCUUCCAAGUGAAUAAUAUUUUUACCUAUUGUCACCUUUGAACCUUCAUCAACAUCGACAUUUAAAAUCACUUUUUCUUCAUCAUCUUAUCAUCAUCAUUAUUUAACUUAUCAUCUUUACUUCCCUUCUUCUUAUCUUCUUUAACUUAUAAAGCCUGAGCUUUUUUAUUAUUAUAUUCUUCUUGAUUAAUCUUGUCUUAAAGACAACUCAUCAUCUUUUUUUCCUUUUUCUCUAAAUCUCAUAAAUUCUAUUCUCUUCUUUAAUUUUCCUUCUAUUCUCUUUUAUCGAAAGAGAGAAAUCAACAUCACAAAAGAUCAACAUCAUCAGAAUCAUAAUCAACUUUAAUUAUUAACCAGUUGUUUCUAAUUCUUCUCAUCAAUCCUGUUUUAUGUUCAUCAACAACAGUUAUUACCAAUACACUCAACAUACUCACUCUCUCGUUCUCUCUCUCUCUCUCUCUCUCAUUUAUACAUCUCUUCUCAAACCGAAUCUAAAUAAUCAAUCAAGAAUCUGUUUCUGUAUUUAUGUCACUGGUUCAUGUUUCAUCAUGUUGAUUGGCCUAAUUCAUUUACAGUUUCCAAGUCUAAGUAAAUAUGAAACAAUUUAAUUUGCUAAAUAGACAAAAUUUAUCAUCAUCAUCACAAGAACAUUAAAUAUUCAAGCGAAGCCUACGUUUUUCCUUGGUAUAUUUAUUUCAUCAUAUCUAAAUUUUUCUGUGAAUUUUGGUUACAUUUCGUGAUGAUUAACCGAUGGGUAACAUUUUGGAUCGAUCAAGAGAUGAAGAGGUAGAAGAAGAAUCAGUUGACCAGUCAUCUACCCUCAAUGGACACCAUGGAUACCUUUACCCACCUCGAUCAGGUUUCUACUUUGGUAGUCACUUUAUCAUGGGUGUUGAAAAAUUUGAAACAGGAACACCGGAAACUUACCUGUUCGGUGAUAAUAUGGACCUUAAUUUCCUAGGCCCUAAGCCGAUACCUUUUCCCUACCUGGCACCAUUACCCGAUGAACCAACCCGAUCUCUUCAAGCAUUAGUUAAUAUUCGUAAAGAGACACUUCGAUUAAUCAAAAUUCCAACAAUAGCUAAUGAAUUUACUCAAGCCGAUACAUCUUCCAAUAUAAUUACCACUUCCACCACUGCUCUUACCAAUACCAUAAUCCCCACCAAUUGUGGCAGCUCAUCAACCAUCAAUAGUAAUCAAAUAACCUCCCAUAGAAGACUAGCCAGUAAUGGAUCAAUUAAACUAAUUCCCACAGAUUUUAAUGAGGUGAAAACAUUACCCUCAUCAUCUCUGUCAACUGCCGCUUUACCCACAACCUCUUCUUCAUCAUCACCACAAGAAUCAACAAAAUCCAAUGCAUCUUCAAUGUCUUCAUUAAACUCAUCAACCAAACCAGCUCAAAACCAAGAAGAAACCAACCUUUUACUCACCUCAUCCUCAUCACCCACCGCAACAACAACAACAACAUCCUCAUCACCCGAUCAAUUGUAUACAAUUGAGUUUACCUUUGAUUCGGAUGUUAAAUGUUCCGUAACAAUUUAUUACCUUGCAGUUGAAGAAUCAACUCCAAGUGGUAAUAUUUAUGUCCCUCGAGAUCCGACCUACAAAACGGCCACUUACCAUUAUCCCAUAGGCGCUGGUCAAAUUUUCUCACAACCAUCACUUAUCUUUAAUCCAACUUUAUUCAAUGAAGAUGACCUUUUGUAUCGAGCUAUCGAUGAAUUUGGUAAUUUUGAUCCAACUGUACCUUUUCCCGUUGUAAUACAGUUAAAUGCUGAAGAAGGAUCUGAACCUCGACAAUCACAUUCACUAAUUGCGACAGUUGAAAGAAACAAUGAGAAACAAUUUUACAUAAAACCCUUUAAACAGAAAAUAAUCAUCGAUGGACUUGCUUAUCUAAUUCAAGAAGUUUAUGGAAUUGAGAAUAAGAAUCCAAUCCAUUCAUCUACUGGUAAUGGAGGAAAAGCUUCAUUUUAUUCAUCGGAUGAAGAUAUUGAAGAUAAUGGAUCAGAAUGUGUUAUUUGUAUGUCCGAAUCGAGGGACACUCUGAUUUUGCCUUGUCGUCAUCUGUGCCUUUGUAAUGCUUGUGCUGAUUCACUUCGUUAUCAGGCCAACAAUUGUCCCAUUUGUCGAUCACCGUUUCGAGCCUUGUUACAAUUUCGAGCAGUUCGUAAGAUCAUCAAUAAUGCUCAAACUGUUACCAAAUCAAAUAAGAAAACGCUUGGUGUCAUUCAACCAACAACCGAACCUUUAAAUACCUCAUCAUCUUCAUCAAAUAUCAAUCAUCAAUCUAACCCUCCAACAUCAUCAGAACGUCCAAUUGUUACUGUCACCAUUACUUACAACAAUUCUAAUCAAACCAAUAAUAACAUCACCGCCAAUUCAACAACUACUAACGGAGGAGAUACUAAAAGUGACAUUCCAUCGGGCUAUGAGUCGAUAUCUUUAAUUGAAGCUCUCAAUGGUCCAACAUUAAUACAUUCAUCUUCAUCUCGUCCUGGUGAAUUUGGUGUUAACGCUUUUCACAGUAGUUUUGAUGACGAUGAUAUUGCCCCGUUGGCAUCAAUCGAAGCCACAACAAAAUCGAUUAGUGGUAGUAGUCAAUCAAUGGUUUUAACAAAAAGUUCUCGAGACAUUGGAAGGCAAUUCAACGAAUCAACAAAUAGUUCCAAUACUAAUAGCGAUCAACAUUCUUGGCGUCAUCAUCACAUGAAACCAUCAUUUUCCUCUUUAGCUGAUAUAAGUUAUUCGGUUCCAUCAUCAUCAUCUAGUCCUAAAUUGGGUUAUCGUUCCAAGUCAAUAUCUAAAUCAAAACUGUUAAUGAUGGCAAAUUCAUCGAUUGAAAGAUCGGAAAGAAGAGGAAGUUCAAGUGAAAAUAGAAAAGGAAAAAAAGAAAAUGUAAAAAGCUCUGAAUCACUUACUCUAUGGUCUCAACAUUGUUCCCCUGAAAGUAGUUACGAAGAUCAAGAAAGGGUUAAAUUACUUGAUCAAGAAAAUUAUUCGCAUCAUAAUCAACCUGAAUAUCAUCAUCAUCAUCAUCCGGCCCAAUCAAAAUCACGGAUCAAAUCAAUUGAUUCUCCAACAUCGAUAUACAUUGAAUCGACAUGUUCACGAUCUCGUCGUAACCUUCGAGAACGAGGAAGUGUUUGUAAUGAAUCAGAAUUAAAGGCUCUUAAUUCAUCGUUAUCUCGAGAUUCAUCUAAUCAGCAAUUAGAUAGAGAUUCAAUCGACGGAUUAGACAUUAAUUCAAUUAAUUUAACUUCUACCUCUUAUCCAGAUCUUUUUCUACAAGAUGGAGUCGAUGAGCAAAGAUUCAUGGACGAAACUGAUAUGCUAAGUGUUUCCACCCUGGACUCGGUUCCAAAUGAAACUUUCCCGACGAAAUGAUAAUUUCAAUUUCCGUUAUAAUUUUUUUUCUCCACAAAUUGUUACAAUGAUUAUCCAUCUUCGUUAUCAAUAACAAGAAGUGGUUAAUUUAAAAUCUUAUAUAAUUAAUUUUUCUAUUUUCUUUCUUUAUUACUUCGUCAUUUUCUUUGCUUUUUCUCUCCCUCUCUUGAAAAACUCUCUGUCUCUUUCAAUCCUUUUUUUUAAUUGUCAUUUUACAGAUUUUUAGAUUAAUCAAAAGCCGAAUCAUAUUUUCCUUGAGGGGAAAAAGUUCAAGAAACAAACCCAGAAAAUGGAUUACAAAUGAAAACAACAUGAAAGUUUUGGUGACAAAAAUUGCGAAUUCAAUAUAAACCAGAGAAAGAGAGAGGAAAAAGUUGCCUGUGCCAUGUUAAUUGUUUCUAUCGAUUAUUAACAAAAUUAAGAUUAUCAUCAUUA